CUGGGGCCGCCUUUGUUGCGGGGCGCCCCCUUUCAGCCGCGAGGUAUGGGGGGCGGGGCAGGCGGGAGGGAGGCCCUGUCCCCCCCUUCCCUCCAGCCCCCGCCGAUGACCACAUGACCAGGCGGGCUCACGGCCAAGGCAGCCCCAGGCUCGGCUACAAAAUGCAGCCCGGGGAGUGAGCGGCCCGCAUUGGCGGCACCGGCACCGGCACCGGCACCAGUACCAGCUCCCGCACCGCAGCGCGAGCGGAGCGGCCAGCUGCGCCCUCAGUGGUAGAGGGAGGGAGAGCGAGCUAGUGGGCGAGCCGGCCAGCCAGCCAGCCCCCCGGCUGCGUGCGUCCGACCGUCCGUCCGUCCUUGUCCUACCGAAGCCUCCGCCCGGGACCAAGGGCGGGCAGCGAGCUCGAGUGGGCAGCCUCUGUGCCCGGCACAGCCGGCCGAGGCACGGCGAAGCAUUGCACGCGCGGCCGGCCGGCAGGCAGGACGCAGUGACGCAGGCGCGGGGAGCCGGGCUGCGAUCCCCCCCGCGCACACGCCCCCUCGCGCGCACACACACAUACACACGCGCCCGAGCUCCCCCGGAGCUCCGCUCCGCUCCCCGGCCGGCGUCCUCCCCGCCCCCGCCCCCGCCCCGCGCGGCCAGACCCAGCCCGGCCGAAGCAUGAAUUUGCGGCGCUGCCUGCAGGCGCUGCUCCUGCUCUGGCUCUCCCUGGCUUCGGUUUGCGGAGGGCCCCUGGUGGAGCCAUCAGACAGGAAGGAGUUGGAGGAAGGGAACAUUCGAACCCUGGUGCAGCCCAAAGGAGCAAGAGUUGGAGGACCCUGGCCAGGUGGUAGGAGGAAGUUCCGAAGGCAGCGUCCCCGUCUCUCCCACAAAGGCCCCAUGCCUUUCUGAAUCAGGGCUAUUAAGGCCUCCAAAGGCCCCUGUCUUCAGUCCAUGGUCUGCUCCCAGAAGAUGGAUGGCUUUUCCCACCCACAGAUGGGCCAGACCCCUCCCACACAUCGGCUUUCUCACACUGCUGCCUGGAUGGAGCUGGCCUGGACCCCUUUCUUUCUCAGAGUCUCCCCAUUUCUGUCCAUCCUCCUCACCCCCACCCCCUAUUACAUCUGGGGCCCCAGCACUGAGGAGUUGGAGAAGGCUUUCAUCCCCUUCUCUGCCCCCCUCCAGGCCACCUUCCAAAUGUCCUGCUGGCCCCUCUUCACCCAGUGAUCCAGAGGUCCCAGUUACUUCCUCUCGGAUUCGCCCUGCACUCAAGGGUUUCUGAACGGGGAGCUCGAGGGGGAGAGAAGAACCAGCAGAGCCUUCCAAGUGGGAUAUUGGCAGGGGGACGACUAGAGAUCUGUGGACGGUGGGCUCCCAUUGAUGUUGUGCCUUUGGAUUGGGGGGGGGCUGGGUUCCUAGUGAAGAUAACCGAGAUCCUUUGUUGGGAGUGGGGAGACCGCCAGUGUGUCUCUGCCACCUUUCAGUGCUGGAGACAAUUGAAAUUUUUGUCCCCUCCCCAAGGGAGAAGGGGUCCUUUGAAGCACUUUCUUAGAUGUUGGGAGAGGGGAGCCCCCUGUGAAGUCUUACUAUGUCUCCAUUUCCCUCUGGCGUAUGGUCUCUGGUGUAUAUUUCUUCCUUCUACCAUUUUGUGAUUUCAGAAGCGAUAUAAAGUCUAGAAGUCCACACGUACACACACAUAGGCAGGGAAGAAGAAGAAAAAGAAGAAGAGAGCUAUUUUGUGCAAGAGUGCUUUAUGGGGAGGGAAGAUUUUUAUUUAUUCUUUAUUAACUUCCAAAAGUAAAUGGAGAAUUAUUGGGCUUGUGCUACUUGGUCCCAGAGGAGUCAAAAUAAAGCAAUAAGUGAAGGUCCCAUUGAGGCAGGUCUGGGUUCCUUGUAAGAAAAAAACAGCCUAAUCAUUAUAGCUGGCCUAAAGUGGAAUGGAUUGCCUUUGGAGGUAGUGAGUUCCCUGUCACUACAAGUAGUCCAACAGAGAUUGAACAACUGCUUACCAGGGAGGGUGCAGAGGGAAUUCCUAUUGGGUUGGACUAGAUGGCCCCCAACAUUGCUCCUGGCUCUGAAAUUCUGGGAAUAUAGUGAGGUUAGUUUCCCCCACUGUUCUGGGGAUUGUGGGUGCAUUGCCUUUGUUCCAGUGUCCCGUCUCUGAUUUGAGGUGCUCAGUGCCUGCUACAGAAAUGAGGCUGGGGUUCAAAGGCAGACCCUAAUGCUCCUCACCCCAUUUCCCCCAUUUUCAAGUGAGAUUCUGGCCAGUGACUCCUUGCUAUCCGCACUCCCAACCUGAGGUUGGGGUAGCCCAUAAAAUGGGAGGCUACCAUGGAGAUAAGGGCCUCACCCGCACCAGGGUGCUGAGAAUCCUAGCAUUUCAGGCUUAGAAAGUUGCUUAGAGAGCUCUAGUCCACCCCAUCCCCAUCACAUCUCCUACAAGGAGAAACUGAGGCCAAGAAGGAAGUGAGGGGAGCCAAAUCUGGGACGGAGAGAGGGAGAAUUAGCUAUGAACUGCCUGCUUUUUGGAAGGGAGCUGUACCACUCCCUGCCUCCCACCCAGUGACACACAAUGGUUCCCCCCAAAUGUCCCUUCACUUUGGGUGACUUGGAUCCAUCUCGGCUGGUUUUCAUCUCCUGCAACAGCUAAAGUAGUGGCCUGGGGUGGGGACAUAAGAGAGCUGGAUACCAUUCUGGCCCAGUGCCCAUAUACUAAGAUUUAGACCUCAGUUGGCCCUGGAGAGCUUGUCUAGUCCAACUCCCUUAUCUUGGGAAGGUGGGCAACCACGGUCCAUAGAGAUUUCAUGACUUACCCAAGGUCACACAGGUAUCAAGUGGCAGAGUCAAGACUUGAACUCUGGUCUUGUGGCUCCCAAUUCAGCACUUUUCCCCACUAUAUUGCAGCUUCCCACAGCACCAGGCCUGAGAACCUGACUCGGGUCCUCCCUUUCUCCCAUUUAGCUGGACCUUCCCAUCCCACUCACCUCCAGCCUCGUGCUGUAGUGGCUGAAGCGCUUUGUUCACAUGAGGCCAAAUCUGGAUCCGCCACCCUCCCAGGACUGGUGGUCCAGGCACAAAUCCCAGGCUGGAAGGGUAGAGGGCCUAGAAGGGGGACAGCUGGGGCCUACCUGAUCCCAUUGCCCAUGGUAGUAAGUAGUUGGUUGGUCUUCUAAUUUAUGCAAAGAUGAAAUCCUUUUUCCUUGAGGUGGCGUCUCCUCCUGGCAAUGGUCAUGCCAAUUCCUGUUUGUAAUUUUGUCCUGUAUAAAUAUAUCUUUAUAAUAAAGAGUUUUCAAAGGGCCACAAACCCUUAUUUUUGGA